AUGAACAACACAGCCAGCGGCAUCUACCCCAGUGACCAAGUGAGACGAUGGAACACCAUAGCUCGCUAUGGGUGGCCGAUGGUCAUCAGCAGCAGCACUUGGGCAAUUACCAUUGCUUUAAUAACUCUCCUAUACCAAGCAGUCGCGGUGCGACUCUUUGUGCCAUACACCAUGGCUCUCUUCUCGCUUCUUUCUGAAGAUCACAGAGAGUGGUAUGUCGACCAGUUCAGAGUGGCCAUGGCGAACACGAAGAGCCCUCUUGGCGCACUUGCCAGUACGCCAGCCCAACGAAGCCUGCUUAGCAGUUGGCGCAAACGGCACCGCCAAGCCUGGGGUAUUGCUUUUCUUUGGCUCCUCGGCGCCAUAGUAUUGACUGUAUUCCCCUUCCUUCUACCUCUGGUUCUGGCCAGGGGAAUUCCUGUGGUCCAAGGGGUUCCUGGCUCAGUUGAGUUUUGCAGUCCGAUGCUUAAUUUCAGCACUUGGAUGGCUUCAGCCCAUUACGACAAAUUGCUUUCUCUAGACAUGAUGCGGUCUGUCGACGCGCGUGGAUACAAUUUCAGCGCCACCAAUGCCACGUCUGUCGGCCUCCCCCAUGACAAAGACCGGGUCGUGAUCUCUUCCGACUGUCCACGCUGGGCGCCUGUCUGCGAGCGGAAUAAUUCACUCCGAGUUGAUAUCGACUUCUGGGUAAAGCAAUCCGAUUCGGGGGUUGCCAGCAAAACAGCGUCCGAAAAUGCCGAAUUCGGCGUGCUGAACACCUGCUAUAAGCUGCAAGGUCGCAGCAAACUCCUUCAGAAGAGGGCAGACGGGGCGGAUACAUAUGGACUGCUCUAUGGUACAACGAAUACCGCUAGCGGAACUCCGUAUGUGACCGAGGAGUUCACCCCUGCGGAGCGGUUUGGAUAUGGCUAUAAUUUAUUCGCCUACUCCAACACGACCAGGAAGUCGAGACAGCCCCUCUGGGAGCCCAAUAGUACAUUGGCCCACGACGGUGAUCUGACAAUUCUCUUCUACCAUAUUGGCAACAUUUUGAGCCCAGGUCCAAGCGAUGAUCCGGUCUUUGGGAGCACCAGCGCACCUAUCAAUGGCAGUAAGACGUACAUCUACACUCACGGAAUCAUACCAAUUAUAUGCAACACGAGCUAUGCCUACUGCCCCGGCCAAGACGGAGAUUGCGUUUCUCUGAGAGGCAAUGAUGCGGUUAGUGAAUAUGUGUACAAGCAUGAGAAUUCCAGUAACAGGGCAAGUCUGGGCUUCCUCAAACUGAUGUGGAUUAAUACAUGGAUCCCACUGUUUCACGUCAUCACUGGCAGCAGCGAGUCGGUCUAUGCCAGCCGCACUCUAUCCCUCGGAUCGACGCAACUGGCUCCACGAGAUAUAAGCGGGCACGCUGAAAUUGUUCGUCUAGCCCUCACGAGUCGCAUGCUGCUCCUCACUUCUGCCAACCGAGCCGUAGCUGGCUGGCUCAAGUAUGUCUCACCCGGCCUCCCAGUGUGGACUGUGGACGUGACAGAGGAGCAGCUAGCCACGUGCCGGCUGACACUAAUGGAGCAGCGGGGGAAGAUUACAACAUCAGCAUGGGUGAUCCUCAUUAUUGUCCUCACUGGUGGCGUACUCCUACUUCUGUCUUUCACGGGUCCCUUGCUUCGUUAUUUCCUUUGGAAGCGGUUGUGCGUUUUCACGAUUCGAUGGAGGCUACGAACGGCACCGCAUUUGCACCGAAUAGCACUCGAGCGCGGAGACCCGAGUCUAUUCUGGCCGGGCGAUGCAACGGAUGAAUGGCCGACUGGAAGGGGCUUUGCGGAUAGGGUGGGAUUGGUCGAGACUUUCACGGGAUACCAUGCCGUCUAUGCACCUGACGCACAGUUGAGAUAUGCGCCGAAGCAUACCUCUAGACGUUUAGAUGAAAUGGGCUUGACAGGGAGUUCAUAG